CCACGAACAAAAGCUUCACAAAGAAGAGAAAACAGAGAGAAAGAAAAGAGAGAGAAGAAACAAUCUAGCCGGAGAAAAAGAGAAGAAAAGAUGUCGUGGCAAUCAUACGUCGAUGACCAUCUCCUGUGCGAUGUGGAAGGCAGCCGCCUCACAUCCGCCGCCAUCCUCGGCCAAGACGGCAGUGUCUGGGCCCAAAGCACCAAUUUCCCUCAGUUGAAGACUACUGAGAUAGAUGGAAUCAGGAAAGACUUUGAGGAACCUGGACAUCUUGCCCCAACAGGGCUCUUCCUUGGCGGCGAAAAGUACAUGGUUAUCCAAGGUGAAGCCGGAGCUGUCAUCAGAGGCAAAAAGGGACCUGGGGGAGUCACUAUCAAGAAGACCAACCAAGCCUUUGUCUUUGGCAUCUACGAUGAACCAAUGACUGGAGGCCAGUGCAACUUGGUGGUGGAGAGGCUCGGCGAUUACCUUAUCGAGUCUGAUCUCUAAGUUUACACUUUUCAAAAAAAGUGCUUCAAACCAAAAUUUCAACUUUAAGGUUCUUCUUUUACUACAUAAAACACUCUUCUGCCGUGGUGUAUUAUGAUUUGAUUUGUGGUCGUGCAUCAAAAACAAAAACCUAAACUAUACUCUUGAAAAUGAUCUAAGAAACAAAUCACCCUUUGUGUUUUUGUUUUGGAGUCUCUCUCUAUUGUUCUUCUUGUGUUGUAUUUCUUAAUGUAUCUCUGGUUUUCGAUUUUAAUAAUAAAGUAACUCCUGUUUGGUAUACAA